CAACAACACAACCAUGAGCGCGUAACGUGACAUGCAUUCCGAUGGGCGCCUCCGACUCCAAACUCACCUUCAAACAAGGCAUAUUUCGCCUAUCCGAGCCCAAACAAAUCCCCGCUGACGAUCCAUACUGGACAGGUUUUUGGGAGCUCCCAGAGUCAGCCGAGGAUGUCUUCUCACUGUUUUCGCCGUCCGACAUCCGCCGUACCAGGGACAACAAUUUGCCCAACCUAGAGACUCUUAUCCUCGCUGUAACCUCGCGGCUCUGCGUCCUCCGCAACCACCCCUCCUUCCCCGACCCUGAGCUCGCACCCGAGCGAGACGCCCUUAACUGCAUUCGGGUGCUCACCCGCCUCCUCCCUUUUAUCUAUGAAGCGGACCACCUAGACUCAUGGGAGAACACGUUCUUCUGGGGUGCGCGGCGCAAACGAAGCCGACGUGGACAGAUAACGAGGACCGAGGUCAUUUUCGACGAGGCAGAUCCAGAGCAGACUCCCACUGAAGGCGAGCCUGAGUUUGAAAAAGCAAAGUCACUUGCGGAAGAACUUAUCGACACCCUAAUAGACCUGCUCUUCUUCUCUAACUUUACAUUGCCCAAAGCCCCAGCCGGCAAGAACAAGGUCACGUACGCAAUAUGGCAGAGUGGCGUGGGGUGCAACACUCCUGUCGCCUCGUCAAAGGAAUUUGAGAACAACAGAACCGAGAUAUUGCGCUUGCUGCUGACCUUCGCCAGCAAAUCCAUGUACAUGUCGGCCAGUGUCUUGCCAGUUAAAGGCGUCACGGCAAUAACGUACAUGGCAACUUGCCCUGACAAGCAAGUAGUGCUAUCCGUUCUGUGUUCGCUUCUGAACACAACGCUAAAGUACAACCCCGCAUCCUGGCGAGUGCCCUACGACCACGUCGUGUUCAAAGACUCGAAGCAGGUCCUGGUCACAUACUGCCUACAGCUUCUUCUAGUUCUUGUCCUCUAUCCAAUACCUGAACCAGGGAAUGGGCCUCCUCCCAAGAAUUUCUUCCGUCACUUCCUCGGACGUCUGCACCGUCCCCAAGACUUCCAGUUCUUAGUCGACGGCAUGACGAGGAUACUGAACCAGCCUCUCCAAGCAACGUCGACUUACCUCCCAGGAAGCCACAAGUCGUUGACCUGGGCUCCAGAAAUGAUAAUGCUGUUCUGGGAGGCCCUUCAAUGCAACAAACGAUUCCGCUCGUUCAUCAUCGACACUGACCGGGCCCAUGAUUUUGUAGUCCUUGUGCUUUAUUAUGCAAUUGAUCAACGCAACGACCCCACUAAACAAGGGCUCAUUCGGAUGUGCAUAUUUGUGCUUCAGACUCUAAGUGUUGAACCUCACUUUGGGAAGAGUCUAAACAAAACCUUUGAAGGGCAAGAGACACUGCCCGCAAGUAUCCGAAUCCCUAAUUUUCAUGGAACCUAUGCCGACUACUUAAUUACGUCGAUUUAUACCCUACUAACUACUAGCAAAGGCAAACUCGAUGCAAUAUACCCUGCACUGCUAGCCAUCAUCAAUAAUAUAGCUGCAUACGUCCAAAAUCUUGGCCGUGCUCCGAGCUCGAAGUUACUCCAGCUAUUUGCCUCGAUGUCCUCGCCUAGCUUCUUAUUCGCCAAUGAGAACAACCACACCCUUCUACGAUCGCUACUAGAGGCUCUAAAUACUAUGGUUGAACACCAAUAUCAGAUAAAUCCGAACCUUGUGUAUGCGAUAGUACGGUCACGGAAGAGGUUUCAGGCCCUGAGAGACUUCACCCUAGAGAGCGGACAAGAACAAAUUGAACGUCAGAACCAGUUGAGAAAAGAGCAAGGUGCAGAGCUCCGUAGGGCAGACUCUAUCGAUAGCUUGAGAAGCCCAACCGUCUCUCGAACACCAACGUUGAGCAACGUACCAGAAGAAAAUAGCGCAUUUGCGAUUGGAGAUGAUGAAGACUCUGAUGCCGAGAGUCAUCCCCAAGAACCACCACGAUCUCCCAUGCACUCACCGUCCGGGGCUUCAAGAAGCGCAUCUGUAGCCUCGUCCGUUGAUGAUUCAGUUCCCCUUCAAUUACGGGGCAUGUCCGAAAAAGCCCGAGGUAAAAUGCCAGUAGGACAGCCUGCAUUUUCUCGGCAGAAUAGCACUACGAGCCUUAUCAGCGUUGCGACGCCCAUAGUAGGCGCAAACGAGUUCUUCACGCCAUCUGCAGCAUGGAUUGAGAGCUGGCUGCCUGAAUUGCCACUUCACACCAUCCUAACAUUGAUCUCAGAGCUUGCCUCCAAGAUGCCUAGCCCAGGGGGUACAGAUGACACUACAGCAGCUCUGACUGCGAUUCGCGAGACAGAAGUUCGUGGCAUUGAGCCCUCACCAGUACGGGUCCACCUGUUCGAAUGGUCACCCUUGUCACUAGGGUGGUACGAGUCUCUGCUCUGGGGUUUCAUCUUCGCGGGCGAGAUGCUCGUAUCCAAAGGGACAGCUGGAGUGUGGAACAACACUAGCAUAAGACUGUUCAAGGUCCAAGAGACGGCAGCCCAGACGCCUUCCUUUCUAGCACCUAGAGGCGCUGUGGACGCAGUGGGAAGUAACCUCGUCCAACGAAUUGGAAGUCUUAAUCUUCGAGGAGCGACCACUCAGCCAAGCCAGAGAGGUACGACGAACAGUGGCAAUCCCGCGCCGCCUACAGUAAGGGAUGUGUAGCGCGGACAUCAAACGGGGUCCCCGAUUGGCCACGCUUUUAUUUUUUCUUUUCUUUUGGUAUCCGGAGAUACAGGGCGCUGAUUGGUGUGCCUGUUAUGCAAGUUAGGCGGUUUAACUUGUUUUGAAUGGGGAUCUCUGAAGAUCAGGCGUGUUAGCCACAAGUGGCGCUGGCACAGCCACGGUGAAUUUUGGUGUCAGGUUAUAUCGAGCCAACGAUCAAACAA